GAGCAAAUGCGUGUUCUUGGAGGUGCGAGCGCCGGCACGUGAUGCGGUGAGGGUACCCCUGUCGUCAAUGCCGAAGCGCGUCGUGAACUUUCGCGAUACAGAAGGAGCUCCAACCUGGGGAAGCUGCCACGACACCAGCCCUUUGUCCCGCCGUAAUAACCGUCUCUCUACCGUCAUCGCCCCGGCUCGCUAUCCCGAAUUACCAACGCCCCAAAUCCAUCGCUACUCUCCAACCCCGCCAUGGGCUCCCGACUACACAAUGCUCCGAUCGUGAUAGACAACGGUAGUGGAACCAUCAGAGCUGGAUUCGCGGGCGAGGAUGUGCCGAAGUGCUUUUUUCCGUCCUACGUAGGACGGCCGAAGCAUGUGCGGACAAUGGCAGGCGCAUUGGAGGGCGACGUAUUCAUAGGACCACAAGCACAACAAUAUAGGGGGCUUUUCAAGAUCAACUACCCAUUGGAGCACGGCAUUGUCACAGACUGGGAUGAUAUGGAGCGGAUAUGGCAGUAUGUCUACACAGAAGGCCUGAGGACCGUCAGCGAAGAUCAUCCCGUACUCCUCACAGAGCCUCCGCUAAACCCCCGAGAAAACCGCGAUACGGCUGCCCAGAUUCUAUUCGAGACGUUUAAUGUGCCUGCCUUAUACACAUCGGUCCAAGCCGUCCUUUCGUUAUACGCAUCCGGCAAGACUACUGGCCUGGUUCUAGACUCGGGAGACGGUGUUUCGCACGCAGUACCAGUCUUCCAGGGUUUCGCAAUUCCCAACAGCAUCAGGAGGAUAGACGUGGCAGGCCGAGACGUUACAGAGCACUUCCAGCAGCUACUGAGGAAAAGCGGACGCGUCUUUCACACAAGCGCUGAGAAGGAAACGGUCAAGAACAUCAAAGAGGCAACAGGAUACGUGGCACUCGAUCCAGCCAAGGAGGAAAAGGACUGGUCAGGCUCGUCCAGGUCAGAGGGCAAGAGCGUUGACUACGCACUACCUGAUGGCCAGAAGAUAAAGAUCGGAGCGGAACGCUUCCGAGCACCAGAGAUACUCUUCAACCCCGAGAUCAUUGGUCUGGAGUACCCUGGCGUGCACCAGAUAGUUGUCGAGGCGAUACACAGAACCGACAUGGACCUCCGAAAGGCGCUUUAUGGCAACAUCGUACUCUCUGGAGGUUCCACAUUGACAAAGGGAUUCGGAAACAGGCUGCUUCAUGAGGUGCAAAGACUGGCGGUGAAGGACAUGAGGAUCAAGAUCUUAGCACCACCAGAGCGCAUCUACACCACGUGGACUGGCGGCAGCAUUCUUGCGGGUCUCAGCACCUUCAAGAAGAUGUGGGUAGAGAAAGACGAAUGGCAGGAAAACCCAGACAUCAUCCACACCAAAUUCGCAUAAGCACCGACACGUCGUCUUUGGCAGCAGUACUUACUCCGCACCCGUUUCUCCCGCCUCCGCAUCAUCUUUCGAGAAGGAGCUGCGUGGUUGCAUGGGUAGCGCAGUUGCAGUUAGUCAUGGA